AGCUUGUUUACAAACAAUGCGACCACACCUACUGUUCUUCAUUGGAUUGCCAAACGUUUUUCGUUAUUUAAUUUCAAAUUUUUCUGCUUCCCGCUGGCUUGGUUUGGUUGUCAUUAGAGAAGUCGAGGAGGUGGUGGUGGUGGUGGGCGGCGGGAGUGGCGGCCGUUUGAAUGGUGUCGGAGGAGGAAUGGGAGCAAAUUGUUGCAUCAAAAGAAAUAAAAGCCAAGCAUGUCAUCUCUAAUUAGGCCCAUUGUCUUAAUCCAUGGACAGCCCAACGUCUUUCUUGAAGCUCUCGCUUCGACGAUGGAUGAUCACCUUGCAUUUCGAAAUGCCUUCAAACACAACAUUAUUUCGGCUUCAUCUUGUUCCAGCGACUUCUGUGUAGACAUUGUGACCUUGAUUGCCGCCUCCAUGACUUUGGAUGCAGAUUUAAGGUGCAGGACUGUUGUUAGUUGUCACUGGUUGGCAUGCGCGGCAGAGAGGCCUGCUUGGUUCAUGCUUGUAAGACCAUUUCUUAAUACCCUUGUUCUUAAACUCAAACCAAAUGGGUUCCUUUCUCGGUAGGAUGUGAUUAAUUCACCAGUCGAAGUCUACUGUUAGCAGAUAUUGUACUUUUUGGACUUUUCCUUUCAAGCUUUUCCUCAUGGCUUUUAAAACGUGUCUACUAAGGAGAAAUUUUUACAUCUCGUUCCCUCCUUCAAGUGAUGUGAGGUUUAACGAGGAUUUCACUUCAUCCGAUAAAGGCGGUAAAA